AUGCAACUUAUUCUUCUUCUCACCUUACUUGCCAUACGCGUAGUCGCAGACACAAGAGCCAAAGAUGUCAGUCUGCACGCUAGCCCACUAUCGGGAUUACAGUCUCGCGAUCUGAGCAGCCUCCAGAACUUCGACCUCGCUCCACGCUCAAACUGCGAUGCCACAGAGAAGGCAUGCCACAAUGGCUGUAUUCCGAUUUUGUCCAAUUGCUGUCCUGGCAGAGGGUAUUGCAAAUCUACCGAAAAAUGCGACGGUGACGGCUGUUGCCCCCUUUUUGAGACUUGCUCUGGGGUUGUAGGCGGCUGCAACUCUAACCAAGAGAAGUGUGGUACUGGCUGCAUGGUGAAGGGAGGUGAUUGUUGCAGUGACGGACGGUAUUGUGAUCCUGGGGACUCGUGUACCGGGGAUGGCAAAUGCCGUCUCAACAGUCGGUCCGAUGCUGCGUUGAAGGGAUCGCCUGCAGGGUUGGAGAUUUCCAUGUUGGCUGGUGUUGCGGCCCUGGCUGUCGCACUUGGAUAG